AUGAAUCCGUCAGCCAGAAGAAAGCGACUGGCGUGUGCAGAGUGUACCCGGCGAAAGAUCAAGUGCGAUAAGGUCCUGCCGUGUCGGAAUUGCCGCCAUAGCUCGGCUAUUACAUUCGGAUUCUUACGGGUUCGGAACUUUAGAGGCAGCGCCUGCUAUCGCUCACCGCACAUUUCUCCUUACUCGCGGGCGACUGCAGGAUCUCCACAACUUCCCGAGCGCAGUGGAUCCUGCUCAACGGAACUGACUGGGACCCUCGCUGCAUGCCUCAACGAGCUGCAAGCUACACUGCGGGCAGUGAGGACGCACGACAGCUUAAGUCCCAACUUUAAUGAUAGUGCAGUGUCGUUGUCCGCGGUACCGGAAGGCAUAUCAACUCAAGCACCGUCGGAGGUGGAGGAUGCCAGUCCCAGCCGUGAGACGGCCGAAGUGGAGGAUGCUGCGACAAUCUUGGAAUUCUUGGCAUGGGGCCGACGGAAAGUCCCUGACUACGACGGUCUAGUUGGAGAUCCAAAUUGUGCCCCUGCACAGUCACCCGGAGAUGUAUCUCUACAGGGUGGUCCUGCAGACCCUCCUCAGUUGCGUUUCACAGAUGACGCGUCUUCGCUUCCACUCCUGCAACUGUUGCUUCCUGAGCCACCCACUUUACUGCGAAUGGUCAAUUACCACUGCGAGUGCCUUCUGUGGUAUCACGCUUCAUUCCAUGGGCGCAUAUUCCAGGAAGAAGUUGACCGUUUUAUCAAACAACACCAAGGCCGUAUUGAUAACCAGCAGAUCGAUCUUCAGUGGGCUGCACUUCUUUUUGCCGUGCUGGCAGGAAGUAUGAUAUGUGCGCCCCGUUCAGUGUCUACUUCGUGGGGAUUUCAAGAUCCUGAGCGUACUAACUUGGCUCAUCGAAUUUUCAAAGCCGCCUUGGUCUGUCUGAAUCUGGCGGAUUAUACUGCUCACCAUUCCUUGUAUGGGAUCGAGUGUAUUGCGACAAUGACAAUAAGCGCUCACUUGUUGGGUCAUUCUAAUAGCCACUCCGUCAAGCUUGCAUCUGCUGUCCGGAUCGCGCAGAGCUUGGGUAUGCACAGACUAGGCGGGGAACCCGAUGAUCAUCCAAGCAAUCCAGUACGAAGGGAGAUCGGCCGACGACUAUGGACGGAGCUAUGUAUCCAGGAUUGGUUCUCAAUUCCCUUUUCGGAAAGCUAUCUGAUUCAUCGCCAAGAUUUUAAUACGGGCAAGCCUCGAAAUUGCAUGGAUGAUGACAGAAUGACCCCUGUCCCAGACAAUAUGCCAACUCUUGUGACCUACCAUCGUUUCCUAUACGACAUUGCAACACUCAUGCCUCAGCUUCAAGAUGACCUAUCUGCAUCGCACACAUUAUAUACAAAAUAUGAGCAUGUCAUCCGAUACGACACACAAAUGCGCACAUUGGUCAGCAAACAUAUUCCUUUUUGCCUACGCAAUACUACUCUCGAGCCAUCUUGGCCGUCCUACGUACCGUGGGCUCGACACUGCCUGACUAUUAGCUCCGCUCAUAAAGUUAUCAUGAUUCAUCGCAAGUUCCUCUGGUCAAGCUUCACCAACCCGGCGUUUACAUUUACCCGCAAGACCUGUAUCGCGGCGGCGAAAACCAUAAUUCGGGAACAGAAGCAACUGGUUCGGGAGGAUGGACCGGUACUCUGGAUUUAUCACGCGUUUAGCGUGGCAGCAAGCGUAAGUGUCCAGUGA